CCCCUUUCUCCUGUGACGUGUCUCCUCGCACUGCUCAGCUCCAGGCAGCAGGAAAAGGACAGUCAUAAAUCCAGGACCAGCUCACCCAGCUCUCUGCCCCUCCUUCAGGUACUCAGCCUCUUUUUACAACCUGGUUCCCUUGUGUUUGCAGAGGGGCCAGUAAGCUUGUAGCUCACAAGGGACAGGAAGGUCUUGGGGAAGUUUGCUGCAGCUGGGACAGAAGGGCUCAUGCAGCUGAGGAGCACCCAGGAGAACCUGCUGGGAAGAAAGAGCUUUGUGGAGGUUCAGAGUCCAGGCAGAUUGGAGUUCUGAGAUGAUGUCCUGGAAAGAGAAGAGUAUGAAUCCACCCCCAUGUUUCAUCCAGAGCCUGGACCACCUUGUGUUGACUGUUAAGAGCAUUGAGGACACUGUCGCCUUUUAUUCCAAAGUCCUGGGCAUGGAGGUGGUGACUUUCAAGGGAAAUCGCAAAGCUUUACAUUUUGGCAACCAGAAGUUUAACCUGCAUGAAGUUGGAAAGGAGUUUGAACCCAAAGCUCGAUGUCCAGUCCCUGGCUCUGCAGAUAUCUGCCUUAUCACAGAAGCGUCCCUGGACCAUCUCCUGGGUCAUCUGAAGGCUUGUGGAGUGGUCAUUGAAGAAGGUCCCGUGGCCAGGACUGGUGCUGUGGGUCCAAUAACGUCUGUAUACUUCCGAGACCCUGAUGAGAAUCUGAUUGAAGUUUCUAGGUACAUCACAGAUAAGAGUGGAGCCAGUGGAGGGGAACCCUAACCAUGAGCCAUUCUCUGCCUGCAUUCCAGCAGGAAGUCUGAUGCAGGGGUCAGCAUUCAUUCUGUAAACCUAGAAUAAGGCUCAACUCCCAGCUAGAAAUAUAGAACUGCAUGAACCCUGAGAGCCUUCCCAAGACAAGAUCAGCUCUGGCAUGCUCAGCUCUUACCUCUGGACAUGAAUCAGAGAAUCAGAGAAUCAGAGAAUCUUUAGAGUUGGAAGGGACCACUGAAGGCCAUCUUGUCCAACUCUACAGCAGUGAACAAGUACACCACAGCUAGAUCAGGUUGCCCAGGGCCUUACCCAGCCUCAUUUUGAAAGUUUCUAGGCAUGAGGCAUCAACCACAUCACUGGGCAACCUGUUCCAGUGCCUGACCACCCUCACUGUAGAAUCUUUUCUUCUUAUAUUUAACCUAAAUCUGCCCUCCUACUUUUAUAAAUCACCAUCAGUUGAGAUUUCAUGGCUUUGUUAGAAGAUGUGUACUUUUGAAACCCAAUUCCUAUCUAGGAACUGGGAACUGAGCUUGUGUCUGACAUACAAAUUGCUCACAAGGCUGAAGAUCUGUGUGUCGUUCUCAGCUCUGCAUUAAUACUUGAAAAGUGACAGGGUUCUGUUCAUCUGGGAUGGGAGAAAUCAGCAAUGAGGUAACUGCAUGGAGAGGAGGAUGUCUAAUGCUAGACACCUCAUUGCUGACUUCUCCCAUCCCAAAUGAACAGAACCCUGACACUUUUCAAGUCCCUGCAAAAAUCUAGCUGAGGGAGAAAUAAGAUGCUAAGGAGACAGUGGUAUCAGGCAAAGAAAUUCUAAAUUGGCUCCACUUUCAGCCCAACCUGGUUGUCUAGGACUGUCACUAUCUGAGUUUCCUUCUUUCUUUAAUUCCUUCAAUUACUGAAAAGCAUAAAAGAACAAAGAGGGGUUACUUGGGGUUUUUCAAGGAGAGCAGUUCCUCAACUGGCCACACUGCGGUAGUAACGUUAUCAUCAAGGAAAUAGUACUGGAAGACAGAGCAAACUUUUCUGACCUCUACAGUCAAAAUCACCUCUAAAACUGAAAUAAUCCGCGAAUUGAACUUUUGAAAAAAAUAUUUUUUUGAUGGUAUAUCGUGUGAAGUCCACGGUGGAAAAAACCCAAAUCCUAAUAAAUGCAGUGUUUCCCAUUACCCAAAA